AUGAGGUUUUCUACCAUUCUGCCCUUGAUCGGUGCACUGUCAUCGCUCUUUCAACAAACACAAGCACGAUCACAGGCCUCAAACGCCAUUCGCCGAGUGACGCCCGUCGACAAUGCCAUCAUUCGUACUCCUUCACAUCAAAUAGAUCACCUGUCACAUUUUGAUAUCACGUUCGCCCUACACCAAGACGGCAAGCGCAUAAAGCUAGAACUCGAGCCCAAUAAUGAUAUCUUGGCCGACGACGCUUAUGUGCAAUACGUCCGUAACGACGGCACAAUAACACAUUCUGAGCCGAUCAAGCGAGACGAGCACAAGGUUUUCCGCGGGCGCGCCUUGGUAGGAUCCGGAAAGGGGAGAUGGACGCCCGUAGGCUGGGCAAGAAUCACCGUCCAAAGGGAUGGCCUCGAGCCUUUAUUUGAAGGCGCUUUUAGUGUCAACGACGACAAGCACCACAUUGAGCUGCAAUCGACCUACCUCGACAAAAAGCGCCCGAUGGAUGCCGACGUCGAACCCAGAGAUGGGCCAUCGAUGAUCGUCUACCGUGACUCCGACAUGUUUCGCUAUACGCACUCCGAGCUCAAGCGGUCGCUGCCCGUAUCUGAAGGCUGCGGCGCUAAUAACCUUGGAUACAAUGCUGAUCUGUCCAAUACGAUUUUCGGGGAUAUGGACAGCCAAUGGGGUGUGGUUUCGUUGAACUCGAUGUUCGGAUUAAGCAAGCGACAGUCCGAUGUUGGUGGUGUCUCGGGAAACACUGGCGGUGUGAAUCUGAAAUCGACCAUCGGUGAUUCCAGUGGAUGUCCCAAAACGAAGAAAGUGGCCUUGAUCGGAGUUGCUACGGAUUGUGAAUUCACCGAAUCCUUUAUGGCUACAAACUCCACACCUGAACAAGCGGCUAGGGACUGGGUUAUCAACGUGGUGAACACGGCUUCAAAUCUCUAUGAAGAAUCUUUCAAUGUGUCCAUUGGUUUGCGCAACCUUACAAUCGCCGAGACAGGCUGCUCUAGCUCGGGCUCCGCUGCUACGCCAUGGAACGUGGAUUGCAACGGCGGAAAUGUCACCUGGCGCCUGAAUGAAUUCUCCAAGUGGCGCGCAACUCAUUCAGAUGACAAUGCCUACUGGACUCUGAUGACUAACUGCCCAACGGGCUCCGAGGUUGGGGUUUCAUGGAUGGGUCGUCUAUGCUCGUCCGAACUGGUUACCUCUGGAGCGAACUCCGUGGCCGGUGCCAACGUCGUAGUGCGCAAUUCCGGUUCUUCCUGGCAGGUGUUUGCCCACGAAACCGGUCACACCUUUGGAGCAGUGCACGAUUGCGACGAGAGCACCUGCGCGGAUAACCUGGAAGCCUCGUCUCAAUGCUGCCCGCUGAGUUCGUCAACCUGCAAUGCCAAUGCGCAAUACAUCAUGAACCCCUAUGCUGAGAGCACCAUCACCAAGUUUUCGGAAUGUACCAUCGGUAACAUCUGCUCUGCCAUUGGCAAAAAUAGCAUCAAGUCCUCUUGUCUAUCCGACAACCGCGGCGUCGUGACCAUCAGCGGCAGCCAAUGCGGCAACGGCAUCGUCGAAGGCGACGAGGAGUGUGACUGCGGCGACGAAGAAAGCUGCAGCGACAACUCCUGCUGUGACCCCAAGACCUGCAAAUUUAAAGGCAGCGCCGUGUGCGAUGACUCCAACGAUAGCUGCUGCGAUCAAUGCCAGUUCGCCUCCGCCGACACCGUCUGCCGCGCCAGCACCGGAGAAUGCGACAUCGCCGAGACCUGCAGCGGAACCUCGAGCUCUUGUCCCGCCAACAAAUACAAAGACGACGGUGCCAGCUGCGGCGCCAAGGACCAGGGACUCAGCUGCGCCAGCGGCCAAUGCACCAGCCGCGACUACCAGUGCCGCACAGUAACAGGCGCGGUACUGAACACCAACGACACCUGGGCCUGCGAUAACACAGGCAGUCCCUCCUGCAGUCUCGUGUGCGGCGCACCCUCAUCCCAACAAUCAAUGGGUGCCACAAGUUGCCUCAUCAUGAACCAGAACUAUCUGGACGGUACACCCUGCGACUCCGGCGGCCGCUGCAGCGCCGGCCAGUGCAAGGGCUCCUCGGCCCUGGGCUGGAUCCGGCAGCACGAGAAGCUGGUUAUCGGCAUCUGUGUCGGUGUCGGCACGUUCCUCCUGCUCGCUAUCUUCUUCUGUAUCUAUAGUCGUUGCAAGCGCAGUGCACAGCUGCGUAAGGCCCGCAAGGCUAUCCCCCCUGGCACUUAUCGCCGCUAUAAUGGGCCCCAGCCUACUGCCCGCCCGCCUAUGGACCAGUGGCAUGGAUACCGGAAUGCCGGCUAUCAGAAUAUGCCUCCCCCUGGUUAUUCCGGGUAUCAGAAUGUCCCUCCGCCUGGUGUCCCGUAUCAAAACGGCGGGUAUCAGAAUAUGCCUCCCCCUGGUCCCCCGCCACGAUACGCAUGA